CACAUCUUCACGAUGCUGAGUCAUCCUAUAUGAUGUCAUGUGACAACCGCCUUCUGAUAUAAAAUCCCCCAACAGCCCCAACGAUCAGAGUCGCUCCACCUGCAAAGGAUUUGAGCGUCUGAUGUCCCAAUGGCAGCUCGACUCCGCCAGUAUGUUGGUGGCUCAUUCUCUGCACAAGAUAAUGCUCCCGAUGAGAGGAGCGGGGGCGAAGACCUGUCUACGAUUCUAGAUCGGCAUCAGCGCGGGGAGCUGACUGUUCUGGUCGCUCAGAUCAUGCUGUCGAUGCGUAAGGCUAUUGUGGAUAAUUUUCAUGCUGCAGCGCCGUUCAAACAUGCAUCAGAGAGCGAAAAGGUCUUGAAGGACCGAGCCAAUAGCCAGGAGGAACCUGCUCCUGAUCCAGAACAGCAGGCUUCUCCUGGCCCAAAACAAUCCAUCCGGAGGAAACCCGUCGCACAGUCCGCACAAUCUGCGCCGUCUGCACCAUCUGCGAUCACUGCCGAAGACAUCAAGGCCGAAGCAGAGACCCUUCGACACUUUGAUGACUGGAGAGAUUCCGUUCUCCUCCGAAUCGGUGAGGUUGUCAAUAAAGACAAUGAGACCGACGGGCGGGAGCGGAAAGCCUCCGAUGCCAGACCGGUGUCGCAGCAAAGCUCCAUCAGUACAAAGGAAACCAGGUCUGCUAGAUUGCGAGAGCUCUUCCCGCCCACGGAGACCGAACUUGCCGAACUUCCAGAACCAGCAAGAUUGUUAAUCCUCCAUUCCCUUCUCCUGCUGUUGCUAAGUCUCAAACACUACAGCGCUUAUUCACGCGUUCUUUUGUUAAAUGUCGCUUCUAGCCUAGGUCUAUCCCUGCAAGUUCUCAACGAGGACGAGAUCAAAGUCUCCCGAGGGUUGCUCACCGCAGCCAAGGAAAUGGAGGCGACUGAAGAAGCGAAGCAAAGAGCAGAGAAGAGCAGCAACGCCAGAAAGUGGAAGGUUGGGAUUGCGUCAGUCGCGGGUGCGGCUCUUAUCGGUCUCACUGGAGGUCUGGCUGCGCCGCUGGUUGCUGCAGGCAUUGGUACAGUUAUGGGUGGUUUGGGACUGGGCGCUACGGCAGCAGCGGGCUAUUUGGGUGCCCUGGCUGGGAGCAGUGUCAUUGUUGGCGGUCUUUUCGGUGCCUAUGGUGGUCGGAUGACUGGGAAGAUGAUGGAUAAUUAUGCUCGCGAGGUUGAGGAUUUUGCGUUCAUCCCGACUCGGGGCACCCGGAAACGCUUCCUGCGAGAAAGUGAAGCUGCUAAAGAGGAUCGUCGUCUCCGAGUCACCAUUGGCGUCAGUGGCUGGGCCCAUGAAGAAGAUGACAUUGUCAUCCCGUGGCGGGUGAUUGGCAAAGACUCGGAAACCUUUGCUCUCCGCUGGGAGCUUAAGAGCCUCCUGAAGCUUGGAAAUGCGAUCUCAGCCUUCGUGACCAGUGCGGCAUGGUCGUUUGCAGGCAAAGAGAUCCUAUCUCGGACUGUAUUCGCCGGCAUUAUGAGUGCCGUUAUGCUACCUGUCGGUCUUCUGAAGAUCGCCAGUGUGGUCGACAAUCCUUUCAGCGUGGCCAAAUCUCGGGCAGAUAAAGCCGGAGAAGUCCUCGCUGACGCUCUGAUUAACAAAGCUCAGGGUGAACGUCCCGUCACGCUUAUCGGUUAUUCGCUAGGCUCCAGAGUGAUCUACAGCUGUCUCCAAAGUCUGGCCAAGAGACACGCCUACGGCUUAGUCGAGAGUGCUAUCCUGAUGGGCUCGCCCGUUCCAUCUGAUACACGACAAUGGCGACGAAUGCGAACCGCAGUUAGUGGGCGACUUGUAAACGUCUUUUCCGAAAAGGAUGCCGUUCUAGGGUUCCUGUACCGCGGUGCCAGCAUCCAACUUGGUGUCGCCGGUCUCCAGCGCGUCCAAGGCCUACCAGGAGUCGAGAAUGUCAAUGUCAGCGACAUCGUCAGCGGCCAUCUACGCUACCAAUACCUCAUCGGCAAGAUUCUCUCAACGAUCGGCUUCGACGAGAUCGACGCAGCAGAAGUCGAGAAGGAAGAAAUCGCCCUGAAGGCUCGUGACGCAGAAGAAGAGCGCGCACGCGCUCAUAACGAACAGCGCGCUAAAGCCGAAGGAGAUGAAAAGCAGACCGCUAUCACUGCUGAAGAAACCGCCAGGCUGGAAAGUCAGGUCGAGGAACGCACAGAGCAGCAUUAUAUGCAUCACAAGAUGCAUCGGAUAGAACUAUAUGAUAACGAGGAAGGAGACGAUGUAGGAAAGGGAGGGCAUACAGCACUGCCAUUUCCUCCCUCGGGUCAUUAGUCUAUCUCCUAGAAGUUUCUGUGAUCGAGCCUGCUACCUUUAGCGCUUUUUGUAUUAGAAUGGGCAUGGCAUUAGAUGGAAUGAAGACAACCCCUUCUCUUGUACUUUUCAUACGAUUCCUAAUGAACUGAUACUGGAUUAAACGUUCCAUGGACAGCAUAUUGCUCAGAUGACACCUGAUAUCUGAAGUCUUCACGAGA